UAAAGAAACGCCGCCAUCGACAAAGACAGACAACCAGCGCGCCGAAUGAAAACAAUGAAAUAUCCCAACCUAUCUGGAUGCAACAUGGCAGUUAGCGGCAGCAAUUCAGUGGACGAGGUCGAUUCCAUGUUCACGUCACCGUGCUGGCAAAACUCGAACGACACCUUCAUCGACACCAACAAGCUCAUUCUAGAGAACACCAUCAGCAAUCUCGGUUCCGACAAACUCCUACUAGACUCCUCCAUCCAAGAUGAAGCGGAAAUCGAAACUAAAUCGACGAUGGAAGCGCUGGACAACCUCCUGCUCAGCUCGUCGCAACGCCUCAGUCUGGCCGAAUUGAAACCCCUGCCGCCUUUCACGGGCUACACGGCCAACCUGAGCAUCAACGGCAUUCAAGGGCAUCACUACCACACGAUAUCGCAAAGGAUUCCCGAGGAGAAUAACAAUUACAGCAAUUACAGCGAACAAAACAUCGUUUCUAGUUCGACUUGCAAUAUAAACGCGGACUCGGCCGGAGAGAAGAGUUUGUAUUCGGUGGACGAAGUGGUGAAAUUGGGUUACGCGGACUGUGUCAGCGCCGAUUCGGUUUCUAGCGCGAUCAAAUACGAGGACUGCGGCCACUCGACGGUAGACUCGGCCACGCAAAUCAAGACCGAGAUCUCCGAGUACGACAUUUCAUCGAUCGAUGACAUCGCCGCGAUCAUCGGAUCGGCCAUAGCCGACACCACCGUUCCUAACAACAAUACGGACGAUGACGAUCCCAACGCCUCCAGGGACAGCUGGAUGGACCUGGAUGCGUGGAUCAGCAGGGCGUGCAGCGACCAGCAAAAAAGCGUCGUCAUCAGCCAGGACGGCAUUUCAGAGUUCCUCAUUCCGAACAACAGUAACGAUUACACCAAGUCUCAAUCGAUAAACGAGUACAAUAACAAAGCACAAUCCCCUCAAGGCGGUUCGACUUUGCAAAGUCUCCUCACUCACGGGAACAUGCCGUUACUGCAGUACAGGCUCCAAAACGGACCUCCAGUUAAACAAGAAACCCCCAGUUCGACGAAUUACAGUGCAGAACUAAUCACGACGUCCAGUCCACCGGCAAACGUUGUUUCAACGACGGACAAUCUUCUCUUAACGGUGAACGGGAGAUUUAUGCCCCAGUACAGCGUGCACACAAUGCACGACGAUCACAGGAUACGAAGUCCGGAACUGCUGGGGCAGAACUAUCCUCACACGACGACCACGACGCCCAGUACGACGAAGAAGUCGCGGAGGGCGCAGAAAAAGCAACAGGCUGCGGCGAAUGCCGCGGUGUUCUCCACCGAUCAGACGCUGGGGCUGUUGGGUAAAGAGAAACCUGUACAUAGGUGUAGUAUUUGUAAUCGAGGGUUCCUGAACAAGAGCAAUAUCAAGGUUCAUCUGAGAACGCACACGGGCGAGAAGCCGUUCCGAUGCGACACUUGCGCGAAGGCCUUUAGACAGAAAGCACAUUUGUUGAAGCACCAGCAGAUACAUAAAAGAAUUGGCAGAGAUUAGAUGAAAUUGAUAGGAGCGGAAUUUUUAGAUCGAUGUUUUUCCAGAAAAUAAAUAAAAAUGUAGUCAUAAAACGCUAAAUUCUUAUUGGAGAAACAGAAUAGAAUUUAAUUAAUUACUAAAGUCAAACAAAAUAUAUUAUUUUUCUUUGAAUGUGGUGGAUAAUGACUGAUACUAAAAGAAUUUCGUAGUUUCAAUGUCUUUAAUUAAUUUAAUUUACACAAUGUUUCUGUAAGAUGUAUUAUUACUGACGAUUUUAUCUCCGUCCAUAAAGAAAGUCAUUCCUCCAGGACAGAUUGAGCUAUAGACUGGACAGCUACAAUCAAGCAUGAGGUUUUCCACUGAUAAUGCCAACAUUCGUACUUUCUCUAUUCUGGAAAUUUCCAUACUUGAAUUGCUAAGUAUGUUAUUGUUGCUUGAUAUAAAAAUGGUUACUUCAUAAUUACGUUUUAUCCAGUGAGGUUUUUUGUAGAGAUCUCGAGCUUGUAAUCACUUUAUGGUGCUUGUGUCAAAUGUGAUCGAGUACCUCUUUAUUAA